AUGGCUCUUGCUUAUUUGGCUUGGGAACAGAUUUUUUUGGAAGAAAGAGUUCUUAUAAUUGGAAGACGUUUAGAAAGAAGAAUACUUAGGGAUGGUCAUAAUCCUUUUGAAUUACCAAAUGAUGAAUUCAUGGGUGCAUUUCGUUUGAGCCAACAAUUGGUUAUAAAUAUAAUUGAUGCAUUGAGGACAUCAUUACAGCAUAAGAGAACAUCUGGAUUAUCUCCUGAAUUACAAGUAUUAGUUUGUCUUCAUUUUUAUGCACAAGGGAGUUACCAAAAAGGAUUAGGUGGUAAUAGUAUAUUAAAUAUUAGCCAACCUUCGGUUAGUCGAUGCAUACAUUAUGUUACUGAAGCUAUAAAUCAGCGUUUGUUACGAAAAUGGAUUAAAUUUCCAAUGACUGGUGCUGAAAGACAAAGAGCUCGAGAAAAUUUUGCACACGCUCCUCAAUCAUUUGAAGGUACAAUUGGUGCCAUUGAUUGUACAUACAUACAUAUACUUGCUCCUCGGCAACAUGAAGAAGCAUAUGUUAACCAUCAUGGUAAACAUUCAUUAAAUGUGCAAGCUAUUGUAAAUUCGAAACUACAAGUUCUAAAUAUUAAUGCAAGAUAUCCUGGUGCUAGAAAUGACUCGUAUAUUUGGAGUAUGUCACCUGUGCGUCGUGGAAUGGAGUACCAUUAUAAUAAUGGUGAACGCCAAACAUGGUUAAUAGGAGAUGCUGGUUAUCCGUUAGAACCAUGGCUGAUGACUCCAUUGCCACACUAUCCAGAAGGUACUAGACAGUUUGAGUAUACUAAGAAAAUUUGUAAAGCUAGGAAUGUAGUAGAACGAUUUUUUGGGGUGUUAAAAAGCAUGUGGAGAUGUUUGUCUUAUCAGAGAGUGCUUAUGUAUUCACCUGAUAUGGCAGGUAAAAUUGUCAAUGCAUGUGCUACUCUUCAUAAUAUUCGUAUCCAUUGCAAUCUACCUACUCUUGAAGAUUUUGAUGUCAUUGAUCAAGAAAACAAUCAAGAUGAAUUACUUGAAAAUCAACCUGAACCUGAAUUUGACCCAGCUCUAAUCGGCAAUGAAAGAGGACCUCGAGCAAUUGCUCAACGUAUACAAAAACAAUUAAUGUUGGAACAGUUUGGAAACCAUAGAGAUGGAAACAAUGAUCAAUAA